GAAAUAACUAUAGUUAAAGCAAGCUUGUUACAUAAUGUAUCUUUUAAGUUUUACUUAAUAAAAGAUACAUUACAUAACAAGCAAGCAUUUAGGUUAAUAGUCGGUGGUGCAUCAUCCACGCUAUGGACCUCUCCAUUCUUGUCCUCCCACCCGCUCCUUGUCAUAGUUUUCUGCAGAAAAAUGUCUUGACAGCUAGGUAGUGCCAAUUUAAGAUGUCUAUCCAAGGAUUGAAGCGACUCCAGCCCCUAUUUUGGUUAUAAUCAGGUCAUUUAGAGCCUGAACCCCUGUUAGGAAAGGGUGAUGAUGGGAGAGGGGGUUGGAUUUCACUUUCAGAUAGCUUGUAAGGGAAUUUAAGUGUUAAAAAGACUGAAGAACUGUUUUAAUCACCCAGCAGACAAGGUUAAUAAUGUUUCCUCAACAGUGCAACCUUAUAGUAGUUUUUUUCCUAACUAUAUGAAUAAAUUGUCAGAGGAAUGAUCCUUGAUUAUUGGUUUUGAACUGAUUGUUUGCAUGGGAAUGUGAAUUGCUCAUAGGCUGUUGGGGUUAGACUUAAUCAGGCAUCUUGAGAUUUGAAAACCUGGUGAGUGAGGUGCAUAUUGAGCCAUACAAACUUAGUAGGCACUCAAUGUCAUAUGGUUGACUCGACAUAGUAGGGGGCCUAAUUUUAGUUCUGUAGUAAAGUAUUUAGAAUUUUGGCAAUGCUUGUGGGAGUUUUGUGGCGGUUGAUAAAGAUACUGCUGGGUCUCGGAAUUUAAAAUGGGCGAGGAUUUUGGUGAGAUUAAAUGGUGACAGCACACCCAGUAGCUUGCAGGUUGUGGUGCAAGAGCGCUGUUUUUCCAUUCCUCUAUGGUGGGAGAUGUCCCCUAGGGUAUCAGUAGUGUAACCAAGCAGAGGUGGCUGGAAGCUGAAGGUUGGGGAUGACUUGGAGUGUGAUCCACACGCGAGGGCGAGAGUAGAGUUGGUCACUUUCUCAAAGGGAAAAGGUAUAGAUUGCGUGUCGCAGCUGGAGCAGAGGAGGGGAGCUGGUGAUGUGAUGCAGCCCGGGUCUUCUGUUUCUGCACCGCAGAGGGAUGGCUCUGAGUCUCUGAUUGAAGAGACAGAGCUGGGCCUUUCCUUGGGUGGUGAAAAGGCCCAACAGCGAGGGGCUAGUCCAAGGGUGAAGGAGAGGCCUUUAGGGGCUUUUGUCCAGAAGAAGAAUUUGGGCCAAGGCAUUGGGAUGGGCCCAAAUCCAGAGUUAAGUUUUGGACUGAGUUGCCUGACUAAAGCCCAAGGGGCCUUAGUGGGCUCUGAGGGCUCAUUUAGGAGGUUAGAAGGAGUGGCCCAAACCCUUCCCUCUGUUGAAAGGGUCUCUCAGAGAAUGGAAGGCACACCUCGUGAGCUCCAGAUCUCUGUGGAAGAUGUCAGGCUCGUUCUUGAGCAACGAAAUCCUCAGGUUUUUGACGCUUUGGGUGCAAUCAUCAUGAAUGACGCGUUGUUGGAGGAGGCCGCUCGCUUUACAGGUUUCAGAGGAUAUUGGCUGAUAUGGCUUGAAUCUUGGUGUUAUGGUGUCUUAUCAACUACACAUUGCAUGGGAAAGGCCUACAAGUUCUCUUGGAACCAGUGCUCUAAUGGUGUUACCAGACAGGACCGGAGUAUGGGGAAGACGAUUGGCAGAGGGCGUGAGUCUCAAGGCCUCUAUCACCUCACAUCACCUUCAUCUCCUGCAGCUUGCAUUUCCACUGAUGCUCCUCUUCUCAUUCACAGUCGUCUAGGUCAUCCUAGUCUCUCCAAGUUCCAGAAGAUGGUCCCUCGUUUUUCCACUUUGUCGUCGCUUGCGUGUGAGUCGUGUCAGCUUGGGAAACAUACUCGUGUCUCGUUCCCAAAGCGUUUGAAUAAUCGGGCAAAGUCUCCUUUUGAACAUGUCCACACUGAUGUUUGGGGUCCAUGUCGGACCACGUCUACUUUAAGAUUUCAGUAUUUUGUCACUUUCAUUGAUAACUAUUCAAGAUGUACUUGGUUAUUUUUAAUGAAAAAUCGAGCUAAGUUAUUCUCUAUUUUUCAGAAAUUUUAUGUUGAAAUCCAAACACAAUUCAAUGUUUCUAUUUGAGUGUUACGCAAUGACAAUGCUCGGGAAUAUUUUUCUACACCCUUUACUUCUUUUAUGUCCCAACGUGGGAUCCUCCAUCAGUCAUCUUGUGCUCAUACUCCUCAACAAAAUGGGGUUGUUGAAUGUAAAAAUCGACAUCUAGUUGAGACAGUUCGUACCCUCCUUCUCCAUAGUCAUGUUCCUUUUUGUUUUUGGGGGGAUGUUGUUCUUACAGCCUAUUACUUGAUUAAUCGUAUGCCCUCAUCUAUAUUACAUGAACAAAUCCCUCAUUCCCUCUUUUUUCCUACCCAACCUCUUUAAUUCAUUCCUUCUAGUGUCUUUGGCUAUACUUGUUUUGUUCAUACUCUCACACCUAGACAGGACAAGCUCUCCGCCAAGGCUACAAAAUGCAUCUUCUUGGGAUACUCUCGACUUCAAAAGGGCUAUCGUUGUUAUUCCCCUGACACUCAUCGUUAUUUUCUCUCCGCUAAUGUCACCUUCUUUGAGGACUCUCCAUUCUUCUUAUCCUUUGAAUCUCUUCCCAUUUCUAAAGUAUUGUCACUUCCCUAUAUAUCCCCCUUUUCCGAUGCGUUCUCUCGUCCUCUUCAGGUUUAUCAUCGUCGACAUCGUGCUGUUGCUCCUCCUCUCUCUUCCGCUGAGGCACCUGAUGACUUAUCUCCUGUCCCACCGAUUUCUCCUACCCCGACCCUGCCAUCUACUGACCAUUUGCCUAUUGCUCUUUGGAAAGGUAAUCGAUCUACUCGUAACCCUCAUCCUAUUUAUAAUUUUUUGAGCUACCAUCGAUUAUCUUCAUCCUAUUCUGCCUUUGUCUCUACUUUAUCUUCUGUUUCUCUUCCUAAGAGCAUGAGUGAGGCACUUUCUCAUCCUAGGUGGCGACAGGCAAUGGUUGAUGAAAUGACUGCUCUGCACUCCAAUGGCACAUGGGAUCUUGUUUCUUUACCUCCUGGUAAAUCUACAGUUGGAUGCCGUUGGGUGUACACUGUUAAAGUUGGUCCUGAUGGUCAGGUUGAUCGCCUUAAGGCCCGCUUGGUUGCUAAAGGUUAUACUUAGAUUUAUGGUUGUGACUAUGGUGACACCUUCUCUCCUGUUGCCAAGAUUGCUUCUGUUCGCUUAUUUCUCUCCAUGGCAGCUAUGUGUCAUUGGCCUUUUUAUCAGUUGGAUAUUAAGAAUGUUUUCCUUCAUGGUGAACUUCUCGAGGAAAUGUGUAUGGAGCAACCACUUGGUUUUGUUGCUCAAGGGGAGUCUGGUUUAGUGUGCAAGUUACGCCGCUCUCUAUAUGGCUUGAAACAGUCUCAUCGGGCAUGGUUUGGGUGUUUUAGUUUAGUUGUUCAAGAGUUUGGAAUGCUUCGGAGUGAAGCAGAUCAUUCAGUUUUCUACCAUCAUAACUCUUCGAGCCAGUGCAUCUAUUUGGUAGUUUAUGUGGAUGACAUUGUCAUUACAGGCAGUGAUCAGGAGGGUAUCCAAAGACUAAAGCAAUACUUUUCAACCACUUUCAAACCAAAGACUUGGGCAAACUCAAGUACUUUCUGGGACUUGAAAUAGCUCAAUCAGUUUAGGUGUGGUUAUGUCACAAAGGAAGUAUGCCUUAGACAUCUUGGAAGAAACAGGUAUGUUAGAAUGUAAACCUAUUGACACUCCUAUGGAUCCAAAUGUCAAACUUGUACUAGGACAGGGGGAGCCUUUAAGAGAUCCUGGGAGAUAUCAACGACUUGUAGGCAAAUUGAACUACCUCACCAUCACUCGGCUAGACAUCUCUUUUCCUAUGAGUGUGGUUAGUCAAUUUCUACAAUCACCAUGUGACAACCAUUGGGAUGUUGUGAUCCGCAUUCUUCGAUAUAUUAAAGGAACACCAGGCCAAGGUAUGUUGUAUGAAGACGAGUUAUACCCAAAUUGUUGGUUACAUAGAUGCAGACUGGGCUGGUUCACCCUCAGAUAGGCGUUCCACCUCAGGGUAUUGUGUUUUUCUUGGAGGCAACUUAAUAUCCUGGAAGAGUAAAAAAUAAGAUGUAGUGGUCAGAUCAAGCGCCGAAGCUGAGUAUCGAGCUAUGACUUUGGCAACAUGAGAACUCAUAUGGUUGAGGCAACUCCUUCAGAAAUUGAGAUUUGCGAAAGAUGAACAAAUAAAGCUAGUCUGUGACAAUCAAGCCGCAUUACAUAUUGCAUCCAAUCCAGUCUUUAAUGAAAUGACCAAGCAUAUUGAAGUUGACUGUCACUUCAUUAGAGAGAAGAUCGCAUUAGGGUGUGUUGCUACAAGUUUUGUUAAUUCAAAUGAUCAACUAGCAGACAUCUUCACUAAAUCUCUUAGAGGUCCUAGGAUUAAAUACAUUUGUAACAAGCUUGGUGCAUAUGACAUAUAUGCUCCAGCUUGAGGGGGAGUGUUGAACAUAAUGUAUUUUAUAGUGUACAAGUUUCUUUCCUUUCUUAAUAUAGGUCACAUAUGGUAGUUAGUUAAACCUAGCCUUGUAUAUAUAUUUCUCUAUUGUAAGAAGUUAAGAAUAUGAAUGAGAAUUAAGGUUUUCUCUCUCUUUCUCUCUUUCAACACUUCAAACAAGGAUUUAAAGUAGGAUCCAAUCCCUUCUUUAAGCUCCUCCUCAUUAUUUAGCCGAACACCCCUAACUGUCAUGCUACUGAUAAAAUUUCCCCUUCUCCUUGCAUUAGCCAUACGGUGAAAGAACUUGGUAUUGCUAUCUCCCUCCUUCAGCCAAAGAGCCCUUGACUUCUACAUCCAAGAGAUUUCUUCAAGGAUGGCACAAUGACUAAAUUCAUCUCUAGCUAUCCGCUGACUACUCCUAUCUUCCUCAGAUAGAGAACCAAACAUUUCUAAACUAUCCCAAUAAUUUAACUUCUCCAAGGCAGCGUCCUUCCUAGCUGACACAUUGCCAAGGGUCUCUUUAUUCCACCUCUUCAAGUAGUAUUUCAAAGCCUGUAGCUUCUUCGCAAGCACAAAACUGGGUUUCCCCCUAAAAUUGUAAGACUGCCACCAAUCUUUAAUCUUAUCCAUAAAACCUUCCACCCUUAGCCACAUGUUUUCAAAUCUAAACGCGUUUUUACCUAUUCUCAUCCCACCGCAAUCUAACAAAAUCUGGCAAUGGUCAGAAACAGGUCUUGGAAGAAGAAUUUGCAUGGCCCCCGACACAAGUUCCUCCUAGUCUCUUGAAAACAGAAAGCGGUCUAACCAAGCCUUCAGGGAACCUCCUUCCCCUCCACUCCAAGUGAAUGCUCCACCUCCACUUUGCAAGGUAGUUUUAGAAAGAGCUUUUGUAAAGACAUCAACCAACUGAUCUAAAGAGCGAACAUAAGAAGCAGAAACAUCUUGGGUCAGGACUUGUGAUGAGGCGAAACAAAAUGGUAAGAAACAAA